CUGAGAACUUCCGGGUAUGCGGCAUCGGAAAUGCUUCAUGAGAGAAAGGCGGAUCCCUGCACUGCUGUGUCUUUGAAACUUUCUUUUUUUUUUAACAAUUUCAACAAUUGCUUGCACUCUAAAAGUACCAGGGAAGCCGCAGUGAACUGUUGAACACAAGAAAAAUGGGGGAUAAAGAAUUGACGUGGGCCUUGAAAAAUGGAGACCUGGACGAGGUUAAGUCCUUAAUGAAGGAGGAGGAUGUGAACAGGACCCUGGAGGGGGGCAGGAAGCCCCUCCACUACGCUGCUGACUGCGGCCAGGCCGAGAUGCUGGAGUUCCUUCUCUCCAAGGGAGCCGACGUUAAUGCCCCCGACAAACACGGCAUCACUCCACUUCUUUCUGCCACUUACGAGGGUCACUGCUCCUGUGUCAAGAUUCUGCUAGAAAAGGGAGCGGACAAGGAGCGGAAAGGACCAGACGGCCUGAGCGCCUUUGAAGCUGCCGAGACCGACGCCAUCAAGGCUCUCCUCAAGUAAGCCGGGGGCCUAUAAGGGACAGACGGACAGCAGUGGUUCCUGGGACAGACUGGCGGACACGCCCCUUCCCCCGUCCUCUGUCUUCAACGCCCCUUCCCCCGUCCUCUGUCUUCAACGCCCCUUCCCCCGUCCUCUGUCUUCAACGCCCCUUCCCCCGUCCUCUGUCUUCAACGCCCCUUCCCCCGUCCUCUGUCUUCAACGCCCCUUCCCCCGUCCUCGGUCUUCAACGCCCCUUCCCCCGUCCUCGGUCUUCAACACUGCUUUGUCUGUUUGCUGGGUUUUCUUUGGUUUUCACUAAUUUUAUUUUUUUUUAUGUUUUGGGGAUUCUUUCUCUUCUUGACUAUUUUCAGUAGCCAUUGAUUGGAUGGACAUGUCAUUCGUGUCUCCCUCGGGGACCAAACACACUGAGGGGUAGCACCCAGGCUUGGACCCUGAGCACACAAAGCAUGCAAUGUAAAAAUGAUUAGAGCUUAACUCUUCAAAUUACGAUAGCUGUCAAAUCUUGUGUGCUCGGCACGCCACUCCCCUCCCUACCCCCUUAAAGGUUGGCAGUAAACCCAGACAUAUUUAAUAAUAAACCAAUAUGGUUUAACAUUUUGUUUUGCUCUUCUCAAUAUUCCAACGGCACUUGUUUAUUAUAUUCAUUUUACAAAUGUCAGUUGUACUAGAGAGGAGAGAGCGGUUGUAAAGAUUCCUUCCAUUAUCACUGUGUGGCAUCCCCGUUCCAAUGGUUGUGUGCUGUAGAUCUGCCUGACUGUCCUGUGUUUGACCUGGGGUGGGGUCGUUGUACUGUAUGGGGCGGGGGGG